CCACCGUCAAGCGUCAGUUGCAGUUCGGGCUCGGUAUUGUAAGGUGUUCCAAUCGUCCGGUAAUCGGUGAACCGGCGCAUAGCCGCGUGAUCCUCGUGGCGCAUACGAGAGUGUUUGAUGUUGAACAGUUUAUCGAUCGUCUGUGGAUCGUGCGAAGCGGACUUCCUCGAGCUGAUGUCAUUGGAGGGCUGACUGUUUUAACGCUGUUUUUGGUGUGCAUUUGAAAGUUAGCCUUUGGCGUGAUAUUGUGUGACUCCUGUUUUGUGUCCUGGACUGGGUUGUAGUGAGAAAACAGAAAAAAAAAAAACUAUGGCCGCUCGGAUGUCUUUACACGUCGGGGUGGGUGUUGCAGUGGCGACUUGCACACUGUUCACGAUCGUUUCGGCACUUCCGCAACAGACAGUGACCACCUACCACGGAAAUCUGUACCCAUCGCUGGGAACGUCCGUGGUCGGCAGUGCACCGAAGCUAGUGCUUCCGGAUUCUAGCUCGUCCGAGGAACGUAUUCUUGCAGGAUCGGACGAUUUCUUGGCGUCGUUUUCAUCCAGCGGUGAGGAUACCUGCAGCUUCGAGAAGUAUGCGUUCGAUCACGACGGUACGGUGAAGUACGGUAACAAGCUGCCAGCCCUCUCCCAGUUCACGCUGUGCAUGUGGAUGCGAUUUACCAAUCAUACCGGCGACCACACGAUCCUCACCUACUCCGCGGAAGAUGAACCACGCGAAAUACAGCUCUGGAUUUCCAACAACAUGGGCAUGAGCUUCAUCAGUCUGGCCGUUCAUGGCCAAUCACUCUUCAGGUUGAACUAUCCUUUCAAAAUGCGAAAGUGGCACCACGCGUGUGCAUCGUGGAACGGUAAGACCGGCGAAUGGCAACUGUGGAUCAAAUCGGAACGCGUCGGGCGCGGAUUCCACAACCGGCUGGUAAAUUACGAAAUCAAACCCUACGGUACGCUGUUCUCCGGUGGUCCAUCCAUUACCGGGCCCACCGACAUCGGGCUGCACUUCGAGCUGACGGCGAUCCAGAUGUACAAGGUGGCGCUGAGCGCAGGAAAGGCACACCGCGACCACAAACAUCACCAUGUGCACCAUUUCGAUCAUAAUGGCGGCGAGGUUACGUCUACCACUCCGCGGACCCAGGUGCCGCCUUCACCCCAACCGGCGAACCCGCUGCUGGCCAAUGGACAGAUUCCAACGCGCGUCAAAAUUAAUCUCGCCACAAACGGGGCCCAACAGAACAGUGGCUCGCUCGGUAUUCCGACCAAGGGUCUGCCGUCGCAGCUCGUCGGUGGAUUUACUCCGUCGAUCGGUAACGGGCCUACCGUUACGACCAACUUCGUCAACGGUCAGUUCAGCACCGGGGUCCGCUUCCUCCAGGAGCAGCUAGUUUCAAACAACGUGAUCGGUCCGUUCCCGCGUUCGAGCAGUUCGGUGGGAGGAUCUUCCACCGGCACGUUUACGUUCCCCGAUAGCAGCAGUAGCGAGCUGGCCGGUCCAUCGUCAUCUAGCGGUGCGUACUCCAUCGUGCAGCUGCCCUCCGACACGUCGCCGCGCAAACUUUUCAAGCGUCAAACGGCGGCGAACACGGCUGCCAAGGUCGACAAGACCGGUGGCGCAACGGAAACCAAAACCAAGCGCGAACUUAUCCAGUUGCAGGACGGUUCGCUACUGCAGAGCUCCGAGUACAUAUUCGACGGACUGGCCGAGUUCGGACUGCCCGAUUUCAAGAACAAACUGGGUCGCGAAACAGACAUUGAGGAUGAAAUUCGGGAGCACGAUAAGGAACCGGCGGAGGAGGAGGUGCGUGCCGUCAUGAACAUCUGCUCCAAGUGUGCACCGGAACCGUUCGCUAAGGCGCUCGUGUUCGCGUGGAAGGAUGCAACGACGGAAUUGGGUGGCGCACUGUCGGCUAAGGCGUCCUCUCACUGUGGCCAUUUCUAAACCCUUGGCAAGGGAUGUCCGCAGCCGAGAGGAAGGAACGCUCGCAGAACCGUAAACCGUUUAAUGUAAACAGUAUGGAUAUUUAAAUACCUCAAACCGUACAUUAUUAGUGUAUUUUAUGAAGCCAUAGCCCCCCCAAGUGUGCGAGGUGUACAAGUGAUGUAUGAAUAAAAGUAAUAAAUGUAUUAUACCAAUCGAA